GGGACGCUGCGAGCUGGUCCAGCCCGUUGCUAGGAGACGCCGUGAUGCUGCGGUGACGAGAGGCGCUUCCCCUGACACCUGUCUGAUACACACGUUGUAAUAAAGCAGCCUGUGCACUAACUGCAGGUGUCCUUGUCAUCACUAACUACAGAAUAACAUGCCUGUGUGCGGUGCUUAACCUGGUGCUCCUUUAUGGAAUGCUGGGACUUGUAGUUCCACAGGAACUGUACUGCCACAAGUUUCCUAUACUUGCUGUACAGUGACCAUACACUAAGCACAGAUGUGUCUAACCCAGUGCUCACUAACUAGAGAAUGUCAUAAUAAUAUUUGUUGCAUGUCUGCAGCGCUUGGGAACCCUGUGGUGCUUUUGUGGCAUGCUGGGACUUGUAGUUCCACAGCAAGUGUAGAACCACAGGUUGCCUAUAGUUGCUGUGCAGUGACCAUGCACUAGCUGCAGAUGUACACUCAAACUAGAGACUAUCAAGAAUAAUAUAUGUUGCUUUUAUGCACUGCUUAGGUUACCUGUGUCACUCCAGCUGCUGUGGAACUACACAUCCCAGCAUGCCCUAUCACAAUUUAGCGUGCCAUAACAGCAAAACUGUGACAGGGCAUGGAUGUGUAGUUCCACAACAUCUGCAGUGCCACAGGUUGCCUACUCCUGUUCUAUGAAAAGACAGGUAGAAGCUGACUGGUAUGAUGCAUCUCUCCCUGCUGCAUCACCUGCAGUGAUACCUCCACUCCCCAUCACAUCUUCUCCUCCAAGCAUGUGGUCUGCUAGGAUUGGCUGCUGGAAGCCCCACCUGUCCAAUAGCAGAGAGACAUCUGUUUGAGAACUAGUUUGAGGAGUAGGAUCUAUCUUCAGGUAGGGUCACCUGGACAUCACCUGCCUAAUAACCUGGGGCUUGCUCUAUUCUGUCUGGUACAUCUACACAUCACCAUUUGUUGACAACUGGAAUCUAGAUCUCCCCUUUCUAGACAUGAGGUGGUGCUUGGUUUUGGCAGCUGCUGUACUGGUUGUGUCUGCAGACCCCAUUAUAUAUUUUCGCGAACAGUUUGAAGAUGGGGAUGAAUGGCAGAAAAGGUGGGUUGAAUCCAAAAACAAAUCUGAUUAUGGCAAGUGGCAGCUGACAGCGGGCAACUUCUUUGGUGAUCCAGAGAAAGACAAAGGUAUACAGACCACCCAAGGCUGGAAAUAUUAUGCUCUGUCCGCUCGGUUUGAUCCAAUCAGCAAUGAGAAUCAGUCAUUGGUCAUUCAGUUCACUGUCAAACACGAGCAGGCAAUCGACUGUGGUGGAGGCUACGUGAAGUUAUAUCCUGCAGACCUAAACCAAGAGCAGCUAAAUGGGGAAUCCGAAUAUUGUAUCAUGUUUGGGCCUGACAUAUGUGGCACAAUCCAUGAAAAAGUCCACGUUAUACUGAAUUAUAAGGAGAAAAAUCAUUUAAUAAAGAAGAAUAUAACGUGCAAGCAUGAUGAAGUCACCCACUUGUACACUCUGGUUAUUCGGCCAAACAACACCUAUGCAGUGAAGAUUGACAAUGAGGUGGUGGCAGACGGGACCCUAGAGGAUGACUGGGAUUUCUUACUACCCCGCACAAUGCAAGACGUAAAUGCCACAAAGCCAGAAGACUGGGAUGACCGAGAGAAGAUAGAUGAUCCUAGUCAUAUAAAACCAGAAGACUGGGAAGAGAAUGAGUUUAUGGUAGAUCCAGAUUCAAAGCAGCCUCAUGACUGGGACUCCAGUAUGGAUGGGGAGUGGGAACCUCCCAUGAUUCCUAAUCCAAAAUACAAGGGAAUUUGGGAACCUCGAAUAAUAGAUAACCCAAAUUAUCAAGGGGUGUGGGUUCAACCAGAGAUUGAUAAUCCGGAUUAUGUCCCAGACACAACCCUGUACAGAUAUGACGAGCUUGGGGUUAUCGGCCUAGAUCUCUGGCAGGUGAAGCCUGGCACAAUCUUUGAUAACUUCCUCAUCACAAACGAUGAAUCUUUAGCAGAGAAAAUUGGAAAUGAGACGUGGGGUGAGACCAGGGAACCAGAACUGAAGAUGAAGACGAUACAGGAUGAAGAGAGAGACGCAAAGGAUGAGAAAAAGCAAAGAUGGAAAAAGUUAGAGCAAGAGUUUGCAAAAAUCGAUGAAAUGGAAAAGGAGGAAAAGAAGAGGAAGCAAAAACUAAGAAAAGAGUUACGACAACAGUAUGGAUUAGAGGACCCUGCACCUAUACCUGCGCCAGCACCGGCACAGCUGCCGCAGCCUCCAGAGCCGAAAGAUGAAUUGUAAAACUCGCCGCAAUAUCACAGACAUGAAUAAGAGACAAGACCUGUCUGUAGAAAAACGGGGUGGCAAAGACGGCCAUUGUGACAUUAUUCUUGGUGAAAUAACUUUAUUUGUUGGCUGUCCAUCAUUGUGAACACCAGUAGGAAAAUUGUCACACCAGUCAUUAUUUGCUUACUGAUUACAUAGCUGCCAUCAAUUCCAAAUAAUCUCCAGAAUUAAGUGCGUCACACCUAUUACUAUGUAUGCGGAUGUCGUGUCACUACAGUCCCUGUCAUUAUGUGUUGCAGAACUAGAUUAUCACGCUUUGUUGUACUCAUGGGGCAUAAUUCAGAGUUGAUCGCAGCAG